AUGGCCACUGGUGUUCUAUCAAAUGAUGAUUUUUACACAAACAUCGAUGAUAAGUCUUUGGAAAUAUUCUCACUUAUUUGGCUCGAUGCGAAUGUAGAUGUUAAAGGCACUCGAGAAACAGAAGUAAAAUUACGUUCUAUUAUUAAUCAUAUCAAGAAAUUUCAAGAUGUGAAACAAUGUCAACAUUAUAUUGAACAAACAUCACAAAAAGAUCGAUUAGUAAUUAUUGUUAGUGGCCGAUUAGGACAAGAAAUAGUACCCUACAUUCAUCAACUUCGACAAGUUAUAUCAAUUUAUGUUUAUUGUAUGGAUAAGAAGAAUAAUGAACAAUGGGCUCUAAAAUUUACAAAAGUCAAAUCUGUUGUUGUUGAUCUUGAUGAACUUGUCUGUCAAAUUACAGCAGAUCAUAAAAUUCAGAAAAAGGUAGAAGAACCAUUAUCAAUCAAUAUUUUCACAACAAAUGUUGAUGCAGGAAAAUCAACAACAGGAGUUAAUGGGCAAUUUGUUUUUUCUCAAAUUCUCGUUGACUGCCUUCUACGACUGAAAUCAACUGAAAUAGACAAAAAUGAACUUAUUAAUCUUUGUCAAAGUGAAUAUGAAGGAAAUUAUACCGAACUAAGCAAUCUUCGUGAAUUUCAACAAGAUUAUUCUCCUAAUAAGGUAUUAUUGUGGUAUACAAAAGAAACAUUCUUUUAUAAAACUCUUAAUGCAGCUUUGCGUACACAAAAUAUUCAUAUGAUUUUUUUAUUUCGAUCAUUGAUUUGUGAUCUUUAUCAUCAAUUGCAAGAAUACCAAUCUAAGGAGUUUGUACGCGUUUACCGAUGUCAGCUAAUGUCUAACGAUGAAUUACAUAGUCUUCAACAAAACAUUGGCCAGUUCAUUUCAGUAAAUUCAUUUUUCUCCACCAGUGAUGAACGUCGAACAGCUCUCUUCCUUCUAGGUGAUAUGUCUACACAGAUUGAUUUAAAAAGAGUGUUGUUUGAAAUUGAUGCUGAUCCUAACAUAGUCAAUACAAAACCAUUUGCUAAUAUUAGUAAACAUAGUUAUUUUCCAGAUGAAUCAGAAGUUCUCUUUAUGAUUGGUUCUAUUUUUCGUCUUAAUAAUAUUGAUCGUAAUGAUGAUCAAAUAUGGACCAUUAAAAUGACUUUAUGUAAUGAUGAUGAACAUGAUUUAAAACAAGUUCUUAUGCAUAUGAAACAACAAAUUGAAAAUGAAGAAACAAAUCUUCGAACAUUAGGAAAUGUAUUAUGGGAAAUGGGUAAAUUUGAUUUAGCUGAAAAGUAUUUUACUCGUUCGUUGAAGCAACUUCCAUCAAAUGAUUCAUUACAUAUCAGUUUAUAUGAAGAUCUUGGCAAACUCGCAUCACAGAGAGGUGAUUAUGAUAUGAGUAUGAAAUGGCGUAAAAAACUACUUACAUUCAAAGAGGAAAAUCCAUUAGCCAUUAAUGUUAGUGUUAAUAAAACAAACGAUUUCAUCGGACAAUCAUUUAUUGUCAAUCAUAAUAAUAUCAACACAAAAUGGAAACAAUAUGGAAUUACUGUUGCUGGAGGAAAUGGACAAGGCAAUCAAUUGAAUCAACUCUCUUAUCCUGAAGGUAUUUAUGUUGACGAUGAUCAUCAAACUGUUUAUAUUGCUGAUUGCGGAAAUGAUCGUAUUGUUGGAUGGACAUAUGGAACAAAGAGUGGUCAAGUUGUUGCAGGUGGGAAUGGACAAGGAAAUCACCUCAAUCAACUCAAUUGUCCGAGUUAUAUCUUCGUUGAUGAAGAUUAUUCAGUUUAUGUAUCGGAACGUGACAAUCAUCGUGUGAUGAAAUGGAUGAAAGGUGCAAAAGAAGGUAUUGUUGUUGCUGGUAAAAAAGGUGAAGGGAAUCGUUUGACACAGUUGUCUGGUCCUCAAGGAGUGAUUGUCGAUCAUUUGGGUAAUGUUUAUGUGGCAGACGGCGACAAUGAUCGAAUAAUGCGUUGGUGUGAAGGAUCUUGCGAAGGUAGCUUUGUUGUUGGUGGAAAUGGAGAAGGAAAGCAAUCAAAUCAAUUCGACGGUCCCACAGGUUUAUCAGUCGAUGCCCAAGGUAAUCUAUAUGUUGCCGAUUAUCAUAAUCAUCGAAUACAAAAAUUUGAAAUUGAUUUGGAUUAA